AUGUCGACUUCUUCUUCUCACCAAGAAAACCCGGAACCCAAGAAAGUCCAAUUCCCAUUGGACUCAACUGCGUACCAAAUCCUCGAUGAAAUUGGCUUCGGCGUCAGCGCUGUUGUUUACAAAGCCAUAUGUUUGCCGAUGAACAACACAAUCGUGGCAAUCAAGUCCAUCGAUCUCGAUCAAUCCCGGGCCGAAUUCGACAACAUUCUACGUGAAACCAAGAUGCUCUCUCUUCUUUCACACCCCAAUAUCCUCAGCGCCUAUUGUUCUUUCACUGUGGACCGUCAUCUUUGGGUCGUCAUGCCGUUCAUGUCCGCCGGGUCUCUCCAAUCCAUAAUCUCCUCUGCUUUCCCCGACGGCCUACCUGAGCCCUGCAUUGCCGUCGUCCUCAGGGAGACACUGAACGCCAUGUCGUAUCUUCAUGACCAAGGGCACCUUCACAGAGACAUCAAGGCUGGUAAUAUCUUGAUUGACUUCAAUGGGUCGGUUAAAGUUGCAGACUUUGGGAUUUCUGCUUCUGUUUAUGAGGCCAAUUUGAGUGGAGAGUCUUCGAUUCGGUUAAACGACGUUGCUGAGACGCCGUAUUGGAUAGCGCCUGAGGUGAUACACUCGCAUAACGGCUACGGAUGUAAGGCGGAUGUAUGGUCUUUUGGUAUCACAGCUCUGGAAUUGGCUCGUGGGGGGCCUCCUCUGUCUAACUUGCCUCCUUCAAAGUCUCUGCUUUUGAAGAUCAUGAAGAGGUUCGGCUUUUCGGAUUAUGAAAAUCGUCAGGACAAGAAUUACAAGAGCAAGAAGUUCUCUAAGGCCUUUAAGGACUUGGUGGGUUGUUGUCUUGAUCAGGACCCGAACAAGAGGCCCACUGCGGAGAGGUUGCUGAGGCAUUCGUUUUUCAAGAAUUGCAGGGGGCUUGGAUUUUCUGGUGAAGAAUGUGCUUCUGGGUUUGUCCAGCGUUGA